UGUAUUACACCCUAAUCAAUCAUACAUAGGUAUUUCUGCACUUUACACUUUCCUGCGGCUAAGAUGACCGUAUUCGACGAACUUGCCGAAACGGACGGGGACAACGAAUUCAAGGCGUGGUUAUCCAAACUCAUCGACGCAAAGCAAGAGAUUGUCGCCUUUGUCUCUUCUCGCCGACAAGGCAGUCCGGAGGGAGAAUUUGACGGCUAUCUAAAAGGCUCGUUCAAUCUCAGUCUGGUUGUCAAAUUUAACGAUGGAGGGCCAAAAGCCGUGAUCCGCUUCCCGAAACCUGGUCACACGGCCACAGAUAUCCGCGACGAAAAGGUCAGGAAUGAAGUCCAUUUCUUGCAAUUUUUGAGCGAGAAGACUACUAUUCCUGUGCCGCGCGUAGUGAGUUGGGGGUUGAUGAAAGAUAGCCCUCAGCUUCUGGGUCCUUUUAUAAUUAUGGAAUAUGUUGAAGGUGUCUCGCUAGCGACGCUUUUAAAGCAGCCAACGCAGACCGAACAAGACGAAGUGAUUCUCGCGACUGACGUGGACGACACGAAGCUGGAUUAUGUAUACGAGCAACUCGCCGAUUACAUGAUACAGUUCUCGCGACUGGACUUCUCUGCAAUCGGAGCGAUAGCAAAGGAUCCAUCUUUAGACGAAUGGGUUGUUAACGAAAGGCCGUUGACCUACAACAUGAAUGAGUUAAUGACCGUGGUCUCAAACUACCCUACAACCGGAUUUCCUACGGCCCCGUUCACGUCCGCAAAGGCGUUCCUUCGCUCUCUCGCAGACGAGCACCUUGUCCAACUCCGAACCCAACGAAACCUCGCCAAUGACCGAGAAGACGCUAAGAAGCGGUUCAUCGCCCGCCAUCGAUUCAAGCAGCUGAUCUCGCGCUACUGCUUCGACGAUACGGGUCCUUUCAAACCCUACUGCGAUGACCUCCAACCCUCGAACAUGCUUGCGGACCCCGACACUUUUUGCAUCACAGCUGUACUAGACUUUGAAUUCACAAAUACCCUUCCAGCGCAGUUUGCCUACGAUCCACCUUGGUGGCUACUACUACUGGGUCCUGAUAUGUGGCUUGAAAACCACUCCAUGGAAGAAUUCAUGACCCGCUACGUUCCGAGACUGGAGCAGUUCUUGCGCGCUUUGGAACGGGUGGAAGGGAGGACCAAUUGGGGAAGAAGGCAGGGCGAUCAACCUCUUUCUGCUCGGAUGCGUGAGUCCUGGGCGACCGGGAGGUUUUGGUUUGACUAUGGGAUUAGAAAGAGUUUCGACAUCGAUGCGGUGUAUUGGGCCGCACUUCAUAAAGAGGGAGAUGAUGAACUUGACGAGGAAACGGCGAAGGGAAUUGAGGAGUUUGCAGAUCUAAAGAUGGACCAGUUGAGAGCUUAUGAUGCAGAGUGUAAGGCCCGAUUCUCGUCGUGACAGUUGGUUAUUGCAAGCCCUGCUUAUUCAUGUGGCCGGUCUACGAGAGGUGUACGGUUAGUUGACUUUAGAUCGGUUGGCCUUCCAAUCAUUUCAGCACGAUUCACUGUCGACAUGUUCGUUUAUUGGAAAAGCCAAAGCAAAAAGCUAAUGUUCCAG